CGGCCCUCAGAUCUGGGCCAUUUUGAGAUUGACAAUGCGCUCAUCAGACCCGUAUCUAAGUGAGAUUGAUGGAGCAGCGGGUGCGGAGCAUACAUGCUUAUUUCGAAUCCGCCUGGAUACUGGUCAACAGGGGGACGCUUAGAUCAAGAUGCAGUAGUAGAAUAUGGCAAUGACCAGCUUGGAGCCCUCUCUUUCAUCAUGGUAGCAGGUGCCGCCGUUCUUGGUUACUUUUACCCGCCCGUCACCCAUAACUUGACUACGUCCUGUGCAUCCUCUGGAUCCUUUUCUUCUACAUCUUCGAAGUGUGGCCCGCAUAACACCAUCUGUACCACCUUGACGAGCUGUAUGACGGCCGAUACGAACGGGACACUCAGGCCAACCACACUGCAAAACAAACCACAAAUUUCUACAAACCUCAACUACCAGAUAACCGCAACACCGUUGCAGACCAAAUACGCUACAUCCACCAGCAGAUCAUCUACAUCUUCCCUUGGACGACCACCAUCAGCAAGUUUUGUUGUAUACCGAGAAGUAAGGCGCACCCAAGGAAGAACCAAGUAAAGUUCUCAUCUGACAAGACGUCAACCCCACAGACUUGUGCCGUGAAGGUCCGAGAGUGACCCAAUCCACACGGAGAGAGAUACGAGAACCCUGGAAGGGGAAGAAGACCGACAGCCACCACAGUUGGAACCGUACGAAAAGAGAAAACACGAAAUCAGCUCCCGCAAAGUCCCGGACACGUCUGCGAGAUUACGAAUCAAACCAAGUUUGGAAAUCGGAAACCUGGAACCAA